UAACGGGAGCUGGGGGCCCGGAGGUGGGAGGGGGGUGGCCGGGCUCCCAGUGGGUCGCCUAGGGUCUGGCAGCUGGCUCGAGGAGGGCAGAUGUGACUCUUAAGCUGAGCUUUUUCUCUCGGCCUCAGCCCCCGGAUCAGACUUCCCCUCUCAUCACCCAGCGUGUAGGGACAGGUCCACAGUCCCUUGUCCGCUCGACAACCCCCAUGGGCUGCCGCCCGCCGCCGCCUCGGCUGCCACCCAGGACGCGGCAGAGAUAAGCUCAGCCCCCUCUCAUUUCUGUGUUCAUCCAGCCUUCCCUUCUGAACCCAUGUCUGUCUGCCCAGCCCUCCUCUCUCUCCUUUUGUCUGUCUGUGAUCUCUAGCCAUCAUCUACCGCCCUUUAUUUCCGCACCCAUCCAUCCUCUCAUUCGACUGUUCUUCUUUCAAAGACAUUUCUGCCCACACUCCUGCCUGCCCCUCUUCACCGUCCCUCUUCCCCUCGUCUCUUGAGCCCCAGUGAAUUAAUUACACCUCAGUUCAUUGCUUGUCACUGUCCAUCCCAAGUCUCAAUCCUUGACUUUCCUUCUGCUGCCUGUUCACCUCUCCCUCUCUUCCGAGCCUCAGGCUGGCCUUUUCAUCAUCGCUGUCUCCGCUCCCUGUAUCCCUCCCUCCCUCAACUUGGUCCCCAUCUCUGCAUCUCCACCUCUCCACCCCCAGCUACCACCACACCUGUCCACCCCCUAUCUCUCUAGCUGCAUCCAUCCGUCUCUCCUGGCCCUCCCCGUGUCUACCCCAGUCUGGCCUCCUUCUUGGUCCCUGGACCGUCCAAGUGCUCCCUCCCACCCUAACCCCCCCUCCCCCCAUUCAUCCUGUUCCUUCGGUCUCUACAAUGCCUUUCCCCACCCCGGCACCACUGCCGCCUGCCUGUGGCUGGCUCCAUGUCAUUCUUCAGGUCUGGGAGAGCCCUCCCUGACCGCCCCCCUCUGAGUUCCUUUGUGACACAUCCUCCAGCUGCGUCCUGUGGAGCGUUCCUCACAGUCUGAGAGUAACCCGUUUGUGUAUGUGUUUUUGUUUGCUUGUUUACUCUAUGUCUCCGCUUGUUGGAUUGUGACCCCAGGAGGUCAGGGAACUCCAGGACCUUGUUCUCUGCUGGAUUCGCAGCAACCAGCACAGCAUGCAGAGUGUAGUUGGUGCUGGACAGAUGUUGGCUGAAUGAAUGAAUGAUGAAUGGCUGGCACCUUGUCUGCUCAUCCCUAACUCCUGUUCCUUCAUCUGUGCAGCCCUAAUCUUUGUUUCCUCGUCUGUCCAUCCCUUUAUUUGUGCAUCCUGAUUCUUUGUCCCUUCACUGCCCUUCUCUGCCUCUUCCUCCUUGUUCAUUUGUCCCUAUUCUGUCCUUUACUCCAUUUAUGCCAACCUCUGUCCCCUUGGCUUAUCCAGUCCCUGUUACUCUCUCCAUCCCUAAUUUCUGCCCUCCUGUCUGUCCGCUCCUAAUUCCUUUUCCUUGUCCAUCCCGCUCUAAUACCUGUCCCCUUGUCCUUCCUCAAAUCUCCAUCCCUUAUCCAUCUCUCUCUAAUCAUCGUCCCCUUUGCCCAUCCUUCCUUUGCUUGGUGUCUCCUUCCACCCUUAUCUCCACACCUGCCCACCCUUCUCUCCCAUUCUGUUUCCCAUCUGCACCCUUGCCCCACCCCUCCCACACACAGGACCAGACGGCCACCAUGUCAGGGGACUAUGAGGAUGACCUCUGCCGGCGGGCACUCGUCCUGGUCACAGACCUCUGUGCACGAGUCCGAGAUGCUGACACCAACGACAGGUGCCAGGAGUUCAAUGACCGAGUCCGAGGCUAUCCCCGGGGUCCAGAUGCAGACAUCUCCGUGAGCCUGCUGUCAGUCAUCGUGACAUUCUGUGGCAUUGUCCUUCUGGGUGUCUCUCUCUUCGUGUCCUGGAAGUUGUGCUGGGUGCCCUGGCGGGACAAGGGAGGCUCGGCAGUGGGCGGUGGCCCCCUGCGCAAAGACCUAGGCCCUGGUGUUGGCCUGGCAGGCCUGGUAGGCGGUGGUGGGCACCACCUGGGGACUGGCCUAGGUGGUCAUCCUCUGCUGGGCGGCCCACACCACCAUGCCCAUGCCACCCACCAUCCACCCUUUGCCGAGCUGCUGGAGCCAGGCAGCCUGGGGGGUUCUGACACCCCUGAACCCUCCUACUUGGACAUGGACUCGUAUCCAGAGGCCGCAGCAGCUGCAGUGGCCGCCGGGGUCAAACCGAGCCAGACAUCCCCUGAGCUGCCCUCUGAGGCAGGGGCAGGCUCUGGCUUGCUCCUGCUGCCCCCCAGUGGUGGGGGCUUGCCCAGUGCCCAGUCACAUCAGCAGGUCACAAGCCUGGCACCCACCACCAGGUACCAAGCCCUGCCCCGACCCCUCACCCAGCAGACUCUGACCUCCCAGCCGGACCCCAGCAAUGAGGAGCGGCCACCCGCCCUGCCCUUACCCCUGCCAGGUGGCGAGGAAAAAGCCAAACUCAUCGGGCAGAUUAAGCCAGAGCUGUACCAGGGGACUGGCCCUGGUGGCCGGCGGGGCGGUGGGGCCCCGGGCUCUGGAGAGGCAGGCUCGGGGGCACCGUGUGGCCGCAUCAGCUUUGCCCUGCGGUACCUCUAUGGCUCGGACCAGCUGGUGGUGAGGAUCCUGCAGGCCCUGGACCUCCCCGCCAAGGACUCCAACGGCUUCUCAGACCCCUACGUCAAGAUCUACCUGCUGCCUGACCGAAAGAAAAAGUUUCAGACCAAGGUGCACAGGAAGACCCUGAACCCUGUCUUCAAUGAGACGUUUCAAUUCUCGGUGCCCCUGGCCGAGCUGGCCCAGCGCAAACUGCACUUCAGUGUCUAUGACUUUGACCGCUUCUCGCGGCACGACCUCAUCGGCCAGGUGGUGCUGGACAACCUCCUGGAGCUGGCCGAGCAGCCCCCUGACCGCCCGCUCUGGAGGGACAUCGUGGAGGGCGGCUCGCUCCCCCUCCCAGUCACCACUCAUGGCAGCCCCACACCAGAGCCUUCUUUCCGGAGGGAGUCUGUGCUCCUUACUUCAUUGCUGCUCCCAGACCCCUACGUGAAGGCCUCUCUGAUCAGCGAGGGGCGGCGUCUGAAGAAGCGGAAAACCUCCAUCAAGAAGAACACGCUGAACCCCACGUAUAACGAGGCGCUGGUGUUCGACGUGGCCCCUGAGAGCGUGGAGAACGUGGGGCUCAGCAUCGCCGUGGUGGACUACGACUGCAUCGGGCACAACGAGGUGAUCGGGGUGUGCCGCGUGGGCCCCGACGCCGCCGACCCGCACGGCCGCGAGCACUGGGCGGAGAUGCUGGCCAACCCCCGCAAGCCUGUGGAGCACUGGCAUCAGCUAGUGGAGGUGAUUUCCGACCCGACCACCGGAGCGUGUGAGCUUGCGCGUGAGUUCUCCCGCGAGCCUGCAGGCCGGGCGCGCGCAGCUGUUCCCGAGUGGUGCUUGAGAGCUCCCACCUUUAAUUCCUUGAUCCAGUGGUUUAUGACCUAUAUCAAAACUCCUCUUCAGGAUCGGAGGGAGGGGCUGAGCAUCCUGGACUCCCUGAAGAUGACAAAGAAAAGAAGGAACAACGGUCGUGCCAAAAAGGGCCGCGGCCACGUGCAGCCUAUUCACUGCAUGAACUGUGCCCGAUGCGUGCCCAAGGACAAGGCCCUUAAGAAAUUCGUCAUUGGAAACAGCGGAGGCCGCAGCAGUGCUGCACCACGACCCCCACCAAAGCCCAUGUGA